CAAGAUGGACUCCAUUCUGCCAAUGGGCGGCUUUCAGUUGCCGUUCCAGCGUCGCCUGAGCCGUCUUUACAACGACACCAAAAAGUCUGGCGACUUCGUCAAAGAGCCUGCCCAGCAUGAGGACGAUCCCGAGAUCAAGGCGCUCUAUCGCAAGCUGCGCAUCCAAAAGGAUCGCUUUGUUAGCUGGGGGCUGGACUGGUCAGACCCCAACCAGUCUGCUGAGAUCGAUGAGUCUCUUUCCAAGGCCGGCCUGAGCGAGGUUGUCGGCAGUAUCAUGUCUACUAUCAAGGACAUCCUUGCCGAAGCCGAGCCUCUGUGGAUGAGUUACAAGCGAGUCGUUGAGGGAGUCCGGCCAUCGCCAGACCGCAAAGCACCCCUGGUCCAGUGGGAUAAGGCCCGGUUCGAAGACCUCAUUCGCGAUCUCACUGAUUCCAUCGAUACCCUCUACGACUUGUCGCGAAUGCGCUCGACUGAGGUCUCGAACCGCCUGGUGACCAAGCCGGCUACUAAGUCGGCCGCGUCCGAAGGCGACUUUCGACCAUUCGAGUCGACACGCAUGCAGACUCCCCAGCAGAUCGACCCCAAGAGUCUGACGCACCUGCAGCCGUUGCAAGAUGGGAUGAGUACAAUAUCGGCGUCUUGUCGGCACGUUGUCUACAUGAGCAAGACGGCCUACUCUGAGCUCACAACGCAAGGUCUUACUCGCCAACCAUGGGCUCCUCUCCUGCUUGAGUACGCAAACUUUGAUCCCAUAUACUCAACCACAGGCAUUAUGCCCCCGAUGGCUCGUUUUGAGAAGCUGUCAUCCGCCCUCCAACAAGAUCCCCAGCGAGCGCCUGGUGCUUGGACCGGUCUUCCUCGUCUGCUUGGCUACUUUGAAGACCUUGAGAACUCCCGGCUGGGCCUGGUGUAUCUUUUCCCUCCUUCAUUCAAUACUCUAGCCUCCAGCAGAGUGACCCAGAACCCUCAGUAUAGCCUGCCCACGCUGAGCGAUCUACUCGCGCGGGACGGCUCCGAGCCUCCGCUCGAGGCAAAGUUCCGUUUUGCGUACAACCUGACAAAUACAGUGUUCGAUUUGCACGCCAGAGGAAUCACUCAUGGCAACCUCUGUGAUGCCAACAUUUCUUUCAGCAGAGCUGGUGCGGCAGACCAUGGCAACAAGAAUGGUCAGGUGGAUAUUCGUCGACCCGUGUUAUCAUCGUUCGACGUCUUUACAGACGAAACCCCCCAAUCCUCGAUUUGGCGACAUCCUCUUGAUACUCGGUCCUCACAAACAGUGCCUCUGCCGUCCUCUAUGGACGAGCGAGUCUUGGAAGUCUACUCCUUGGCCAUGGUUCUGCUAUCUAUUGGCUUGUGGACGAAGCUGGACAGUCUCGCGCCAUCUGCGGCGCCCACGACUGUUCCCGAGUCUGUACUAGACAAGCUAGCCAUCAGGUGCGGUACGCUAUACAUGAAAGCCGUCCAAGCCUGUUGGAAGGUUGUCGACGAGGAACUCGCGGGACAUCCCAAGGGCGAGUCGUUUCUAUCCGCUGUGCAGAUGCGCGUCACUCGCUUCCUGGAAGCCUGCUGCAUUCUGGAUGGCGUGAGCGGAUUCGAGGAGAGACUGGGCCAGGAGUCGUCGCCUGUUGAACCCGCCCCACUGUCUACAGCUGGGCCUUCGAAGGAGAGCAAAGAGAAAAAGGCGAUGCCAGGGCCUGUUGCGCCUGCCAAGAAGCCUCUUCCACAAUUGCCUCCAACCCCUAUCCCGGCACAAAGCUACGAGACGACAAAUGAGGAAGCAGAUGCCGAAACGAAGGAGAGCAAGUCCGAAGCCAAAGUUCGACUUUAUCCUCACGUACCUCUACCCCCGGACGUUGUCGAGAAGUGGAAUUCCAUCCUCAUGCCCCAGAUCAACAUUGCUCUCAAGUCAUUCUAUCGGAAACACCCGGAGUCGGUCGAGAUAUCUCUCGAAUCCGUGGGCCCAAGCCCUCAUCAGACUAGACCUACAGUCUUGGUGGUCUGCACAUCUGUUGGCAAAGUCCGUGCCAUCCUGAAGAAGAAGCUAGGUGAGCUGUUUGACGACUCUACAGGCUUCGGGCUCAAGGUAUGCCGUGGCAGCGUCAUUCGGUCACGCAGACAAGCGGGGGCAAUUAAGAGGUCCAUGGCGCGGGGGAGCAGGUCGGGUAGGAAUGCGGCUCACGACAGCGACGAUGACCAUGUCGAGGCUGUGAACCCGGAGUAUCAGGAGAGGCCAAACAACGGCGCAAGCAUUGGAGCUUGGAUCGGCGAUCGCCAUCUGCCGCCCGUCAGCUUUGGCGGCCUGGUCAUUGUGGACGACAAGACGUACGGAAUGACCGUGCACCAUAUGCUCGAUGAUCCGGACCGAGAUUUUGGGUUUCCGGAUACGAUGCGCAGCAGCGCCAUUCCCGGUCGCGAGUGGCUCCCUGAGCCGGCCUUUGGCAGCUUCGACAGCGAAGACUUUUCGUACGAGCUCUCUGACACUGAAUCAGAGCCCUACUCGGAGACGGACCUGACCAGCGAUUUCGAGGAUGAAGACGAAGAGGAAGACGAGGAGUACAACGAGCCGGGUGAUAUACCGGGCAUUGAGCCAGGGUGCGGUGACGGCUAUAUCGUCACCCAGCCUGCGCUCGACGACGUUGAAGAGGGAUUUUAUCCCUGUGCUGAAACGGAAGACGAAGACCAUCUUGACACUUACAGCCUGGGUGAAGUGUAUGCUUCGAGCGGUAUUCGCCGCAAGCAGGCAAAUGGCCUGGUCCACGAAGUUGACUGGGCUCUGUUCGAAUUUACCGAGGGACGCUUGCCCGAAGACAACUGUAUCCCCAGAAUUACCAGCGAUGCGAACCAGCAGUCUCGCAAGAGAAACAAGAACAGUAUGCCGCCGCUCCGCCCGACCACGGUGGCUCCAUGGGCAACUCUUCCAGGUCUUGAGGUGCAGUGCGUCGCGCGAACGAGCGGCACGCAGACGGGGCAGAUCCUACCAGCCCUGACAAGUGUCAAAAUUUACGGGCGCCAGUCACCAAGUCAUACGUAUCAGAUUGCCAGCACUCCGACUGCAGCGGCAGGACCUGCGGCGAAGGCCUCCAUCCCGCUGGGCAUACCCGGAGACAGCGGUGCCUGGAUCGUCGAUCGCUACCACGGGCAGCUCUGCGGGCACGUGCUGGCCUGGAGUCAGCGCAAGCAUGUGGCAUAUAUGUGCCCGAUGGACGUUUUGCUGCUCGACAUUGCGCAGACUUUGGAAGCAACAGAGGUCCGACUUCCUGGCGGCGAGCCUGUUGUAAUGCUCAACACGGAGGAGCUUGACAACACAGGGCGAGUGGAAAAUGAUGACGACUUGGAGGAAGAGGAAGAAGAAGAGGAGGAGGAGGAGGAGGAGGAAUAUGACAUGCCCCCACAGCUAGUGGGCGAGCCGUCGAGCCCGAAGAGAAUUGCGACGCCGGCCGCCUCGUCAAGUCCGAUCAUGCUGGACGUUGCGGAGAUGCCGGGGCUCACGAGGCAGAUGGAGAGCAUGAAGGUUGGAACGCGAAGGAUUGACGUGAAUGGGUAAUGAUUAGGA